AUGAAACCACUUAGAAAAUCACUUCUUGUACCUAACCCCAAAUCAUCAACCCUCCACAAAGCCCUUGCUUCCCAGUUCACUUUCACUCUUGAUCCAUCUCUAACACCAAAACCCCACAUCGAUGAAGCCACCAACAACCACUUGCCACUCUCAAGCAACCAACAAAGACAUCACUUCAACAAUGAACAGACCAAUACCCUCUUGUUCAAUUCAUUACACAAGCCAAAACCCACUUCAAGUACUUUGUUGUCUAAUCAAAUAAGGUUGUUUUCAAGUUCAAGUUCAGUUUUUUCACUUUCAAGAUGUCAUUUUGGCAACGAACCAAUCUCUAAAACAAUCUUUCAUGACCCAAUCUCAAGUAAAUUCAGUCAAAGAAGAGCCUUUUCAAGUGAAAAUCCAAACCCAGAAAACGUUGUACCAAGCGGGAGCUCACAACCAAUUGAUGCAGGAUCUUCUAUUAGAAAACCAAUAAGUUUGUGGCCUGGAAUGUACCAUUCACCUGUGUCCAAUGCUUUAUGGGAAGCAAGAUCAAGAAUUUUCGAGGAGCCUAAUGAUUCUGGGUCUUCAGCGAGUGAAUUGGUUGCGAAAAGUCCAUCUAAGAGCAGGACUAGCAUUCUUUACAAGUUUUCUUCUGAUUUUAUACUUAGAGAACAGUAUAGAAAUCCAUGGAAUAAGAUUAGAAUGGGAAAGUUGGUUGAAGAUCUUGAUGCUCUUGCUGGAACCAUUUCCUAUAAGCACUGCUGCAAUCAUGAUGGCACAACUAGGCCUUUGUUAUUGGUCACUGCUUCUGUUGAUAGGAUCGUUUUGAAAAAACCAAUCCUUAUUGAUGCUGAUUUGACAAUAGUUGGUGCUGUUACAUGGGUUGGGAGGUCAUCCAUGGAGAUUCAGAUGGAAGUGAUUCAACCCACUGAAGGGACCCCCAAUCCAUCAGACACGGUUGCUCUUGUUGCAAAUUUCACAUUUGUCGCUCGUGAUUCAAAGACAGGAAAAUCAGCUCCUGUUAACCAGAUCUCGCCUGAAACAGAACAAGAGAAAUUGCUUUGGGAAGAGGCAGAAGAAAGAAACAGAAUGAGGAAAAAGAAGAAAGCAGAGAAGAAAAAAGAUCCUGAAAUUGAGGAUAUGGAAAGGCUCAAUGCAUUGUUGGCUGAAGGGCGGGUUUUCAGUGACAUGCCAGCAUUGGCAGACAGAGAUAGCAUUCUUAUACAAGAUACUCGCCAUGAGAACUCUUUUAUCUGUCAGCCGCAGCAAAGGAACAUUCAUGGUCGUAUUUUUGGGGGAUUUUUGAUGCGCAAGGCAUUUGAACUGGCCUUCUCAAAUGCUUAUGCAUUUGCUGGUGCUGCACCACGCUUUGUUGAAGUUGAUCAUGUUGAUUUCUUUAAACCUGUGGAUGUUGGAAAUUUCCUCCGCUUAAAGUCUUGUGUUUUGUACACAGAACUUGAGAACCCAGCAGAACCUUUGAUAAAUCUGGAAGUUGUAGCUCAUGUUACAAGGCCUGAGCUAAGAUCUAGUGAGGUAUCUAACAAAUUCUACUUCACAUUCACUGUUCUUCCUGAGGCCAUUAAAGACGGAUUGAGGAUUCGGAAUGUUGUUCCAGCUACAGAAGAAGAAGCACUUCGAGUGCUUGAACGUAUGGAUGGUGAAAGCUCCCAGAUUGCAUAA